GCUCCCCUAUAUAAACGCACCGGCGCCGAGCUACAAAGUGCAAACACAAAUCGCACGGCGCAAACGCAACACACAAUCAUGGCUGCCACAUUGAAGCUCACAGUCGCCUUCCUCCUCCUCGUCUCCGCGCUGGUGGCGUUCGGCGACGCCAAGAAGGCGCCGUGCGCCGUGGUGUGCGUGCAGGGAGGGCACAUCACCUGCGACAACUACCCCGGGCAGAAGCUCGACGGGUGCGACUGCCAGUGCGCGCCCAAGGACGGCAAGGGCUGCGUGCUCCACCUCAACAGCGGCUCCACCAACCAGUGCACCACCCCGCCGGAGUACUGAGAUGAAUUACACGCGGUUCGGCAUGCUGGCUCGAGUCCGAGCUCUAUGAAGAUGCAAGUGUGUGUGUCGUGGAGCAACUAUAGAUACACUCCCUACCAAAAUGUAAGACCAUUUUUGACAUUAUGAUAGUGUCAAAAAAGCAUCUUACAUUUUAGUAAUACAAAGGGAGUAUCAUGUAAGUUUGUGUCGUGGAAUAAAUAACGAAAGGAAUGCAGUC